AUGGAAGAAGCACCAAUUCAUGACAAUCAAUCACCACUUAUUCUAGGUCGGCCAUUCAUGGCAACUAUCGGUGCUAUUAUUGAUGUGAAAAAGGGUACAUUAACCAUGAAUGUGUUUGAUGAGACAAUUGCAUUCAAAGUGUUUGAAGCCUCCAAGUUUCCAAGUGAUAAGCAUGAAGUUUUCCAUCUUGAUGCAAUUGAUACUAUGGUGAAAGAAGCACUGCCAAUGAGUUAUUUGGAGCCCAUUGAAGCAUGCAUCACACAAAGCAUAAGGAAAGAAGAAGUGGACAGCUUAGAGGCUAUGAUCUCUCCUUUACUUCUUGAGCUUGUUUGCAGCAUGGAUAGCUAUAUAGAAGUUGGAAAGAGGUAUGCAAACCAAUUUGAAUCAUUACCCCCACCUACUAAUAAGGUUUUACCUUUUAUUGUGCAGGCACUAGAGUUAGAAUUAAAGCAAUUGCCAAAACACCUUAAAUAUGCUUAUUUAGGUGAAAAUGAGACUCUACCUAUUAUCAUUGCCUCACACCUCAGACUAAAUGAUGAAAAGAAGCUUUUAAGAGUUCUAAAAAAGCACAAAAUUGCAAUUGGGUGGAGCAUUGCAAAUAUCAAAGGCAUAAGCCCAACACUGUGCAUGCACAAGAUAUUAUUGGAAGACAAUGCAAUGCCUAAGAGGGAUGCCCAAAGAUGUCUCAAUCCGAACAUGAAGGAGGUGGUAAGGAAAGAGGUAAUGAAGCUUUUAGAUGUUGGUAUUAUUUACCCUAUUUCUGAUAGUAAAUGGGUGAGCCCAGUGCAAGUUGUCCCCAAGAAGUCAGGUAUCACAGUGGUGAAGAAUGAAGCAAACGAGCUUGUACCUACACGGAUGACCACGGGCUGGAGAGUUUGCAUUGAUUAUAGGAAGCUCAACACAGCGACAAGCAAGGAUCACUUUCCUCUCCCAUUCAUUAAUCAAAUGCUUGAGAGAUUAGCUGGCCAUAGCCACUAUUGCUUCCUUGAUGGAUAUUCAGGCUAUAACCAAAUCGCCAUAGCCCAGAGGAUCAAGAGAAGAUGA